AGGUCGCUCGUGACGUCAGCGGCGCGUCACACCUCUGAUCCUGCAGCUGCCGCUCAUCUGCUCGUUUUAUCAAACAAUAUUGCGUUAUUAAACUAUUAAAUCAUGUCAACACAGGCCAGACGAAGACUCAUGAGGGACUUCAAGAGACUUCAAGAAGACCCUCCGACCGGCGUGAGCGGCGCUCCUUCAGAAAACAACAUCAUGCUGUGGAACGCUGUCAUUUUUGGGCCUGUAGGAACUCCCUUUGAGGACGGAACAUUUAAGCUGGUUAUUGAGUUCUCAGAAGAGUAUCCCAACAAGCCGCCGACGGUUCGCUUCGUCUCCAAAAUGUUUCACCCCAACGUGUAUGCGGAUGGCAGUAUAUGUUUAGACAUUCUCCAGAACCGAUGGAGUCCCACAUAUGACGUCUCCUCCAUCCUCACAUCCAUCCAGUCUCUGCUGGACGAGCCAAACCCGAACAGCCCAGCGAACAGUCAGGCGGCUCAACUGUACCAGGAGAAUAAGCGUGAAUAUGAGAAGAGAGUUUCUGCCGUGGUGGAGCAGAGCUGGGUGGACUCAUAACACAUUAAACACACUCUCUCUCUCUCUCUCUCUCUGUGUGUGUGUGUGUGUGUGUGUGUGUGUGUGUGUGUGUGUGUGUUAGGGCUGCACUAUAUUGGACAAAUCUGACAUUGUGAUAUAUAGAUUUUCUGAGAUAUACAGCUGAAGUCAGGAUUAUUCGCCCUCCUGUGAAUUUCCUUUAUAUUUCCCUCAUGAUGUUGAGCAGAUUCAGGAAAUGUUCACAGUGUUUCCUCUAAUAUUUGUUCUUCUGGAAAAAGUCUGAUUUGUUUAAUUUGGGUUAGAAUAAAAGCAGUUUUUAAUUGUUUUAAAGUCAUGUUAAGCUCAAUAUUAUUCACCCCUUCAGCAAUAUUAGUGUUGGAUUGUCUCCAGAAUAAACCACUGUUAUACAAUGACUUGCCUAAUUACCCUAACUUUACCCUAAUUACCCUAGUGAAGCCUUUACAUGUCACUUUAAGCUGAACACUAGUGUCUUGAAGAAUAUCUAGACUAAUAUUAUGUGCUGUCAUCAUGGAGAAGAGAAAAUAAAUCAGUUAUUAGAGAUGAGUUAUUAACACUAUUAUGAUUAGAAAUGUGCUGGAGAAAUCUCUAGAAAUUAGGGACAGACAUAUACAGGAGGGUGAAUAAUUCUGACUUUAACUAUAUAUAUGUAUAUAUAAAUAUACAGUUUCAUCAGAUGAGCUGAAAACUGCUAUUUGAAUAGAAUAUUAAUAAAUGAGGGAGACUGGGAUGAUUCUGAAGGUAAUAAUUCAUGAAAUGUAAUAAUCAAAUGACAGGCGUAGAUAAAUACUAUAGAGAACUGAAAUGAACAGUGCUUUACGGUUUUCAGGACAGUCGAAUAGUAUUCAGGUUCAGAAUAUGAAUAAUCAAAUGUAAAAUAACACUGCAGUAGUCUUUACUGUAUUAAUAAUUCAAUAAAAUGAUUCUUUAUUAAAGUUAUAGAUGGUCAAAUGUGUGAUGUGCCUGAACACUCUCAGGCCUUAAAACCAUAAUCCUUCACUCAUGUUAUGGGUAACCUCUGCAAUAACGACACACUUCUCAUGUGCUCUGGACUGUUUUCCUUGGUUAAUUAUAAUCAGAACUCAACUCAUAGAUCCUGCAGUGUGACUCUAGUAAACGUGUGCAUUGCAGGAUCCAUGCUGAAACCAUAUAUUGUGCAGCCCUAGUGUGUGUGUGUGUCUGUCUGUCUGUCUGUGUGUGUGUGUGUGUGUGUGUGUGUGGGGCUUAUUUAUUUUUUUAAGUGCAUGGUAAGUUAUAUUGCUAACAACAUCUGAAACGUACCAUUGUUGGUUUGAGGAGUUUAAGAGGUGCAGAUUUAAUCCCUGAACAUCUUUAGAGAUGCGCUGUUAAAGGGACAGUUCACCCUCAACAUCAAGACUCUCAUCGUUUACUCAUCCUUCACUUGUUUAUCAGAGAAAAUAAACAUAUUAAGAUAUAUAUAUAUAUAUA